AUGCAACAUGCAGUGCUCCGGUGCGGCGCGUCGACUACUAAAAGGUACUGUGGUCCUGAAAUUUUCCACUUCGGAAAAACCAUGUCGUUGAAUCUUGCUAUAGUCGGAACGGGAAUUUUUGCUACUGAUAAGCAUCUUCCAACAAUUGCCAACAUCAAGGAGUUGACUCCUUCUGCCUGCUACAACAGAACCAAAUCUAAGGCUGAAACCUUUGCUGAGAAGGCAGGGAUCAAACAGGAAAAUGUGUUCAAUUCUUUGGAAGAGGUUUUCGAAUCGAAGCUGGUUGAUGCCGUAGAUGCCCUUUUGCCUGUACAGUACAACUUGGAUGCUGUGAAGCUUGCGGUCCAACACAACAAGCCUAUUUGUCUCGAGAAACCAAUAGCUGCAAACUUGCAACAAGCUAGAGAAAUUGUCAAGCUUUCUUCCGGUUCGUCGACUCCAAUCGCCAUUUUGGAACAAUGGUCAUUCUUGACGGUGAUUAAGACCCUCAAAGAGGAAAUUUUACCAAAAAUUGGCGACAUUGCUUCGUUCACUUACCACUCUACUGGAGCAUGGAACGACAACAACAAAUACUUGGCCACUGGCUGGAGACAGAACCCAGAACACAUUGGUGGGUUCUUGAGUGAUGGUGGUGUGCAUCAAUUGGCUUUGUUGACCGAUGUUUUGGGAGAAGUUGAUACUGUCUCUGGUUUCACCAAACAGUUGAGAAAAGAGAGUGGAGCCGAUGACAUCUUGUACUCUACUUUCAAGAUGAAGUCUGGAGUCAUUGGAAACUUUACUUAUGGCUCUGCCUUCGGUGCUGCCGACAAGACGUUGAGAUUCACCAUAAUGGGAACCAAGGGUUCUGUCAUUUACGACUUUUCUCCAUCGUUGCCCAAGCCAACUCUCAGCUACCAAGUCGGUGAGUCUUCCCAACGUACUACUGAAAAAGAGGUUAUUGAGGUGGACGAGAUCGACAACAUGAAAGCCGAGUUCGUGAACUUUGCUGAAGCUGUGUUGAGUAAGGAAAAGUCCAAGAUCGUUGUUCCUCCUGCCAAGGCUUUCCACCAUUUGGCAGUUAUAGCUGCUGCUCUUGAAAGUUCGAGCAAAAACGGUACCGCUGUAAAGGUAGAGGAGCCAUGA